AUGCAAUGUGAUGUCGAAGUUGAAUAUACAUUACCUGAUAUUAGAAUACGCAAAAGAAAGCAAAUGGACGGUGGAGAAACUACGGACGAACCGAUAAGAGAUUCAUUGAAGAGAUUUGAUGAAUUGUUGAGCAAAGUUGGCCCACUAAUUACAUAUAAAAAUACAACUUAUAGAAAAAGCAUACCACCUGCUGAACAACUUGCACUGACAUUAAGAUUUCUUGCACAUGGAGGAGAACAACAAAUAUGUGCAUUAAAUUAUCGUAUUGGUGUUUCAACAACACAUAUUAUAGUGAAACGAGUAUGUGAUGCAAUAUGGACUGUGCUUUCUAGUGAAUAUUUGAAGAGAACAGAAGCAGAAUUUAUUGAAAUAAGCGAAAAAUUUAAUAUGUAUUCCAACUUCCCCCAAUGCUUAGGAGCAAUAGACGGUAAACAUGUUGUUAUUCAGCAACCAAAACAUUCUGGUACCAUCUAUCAUAAUUACAAGGGUACAAAUAGCAUCAUUUUAAUGGCUGCGUGUGAUGCUGAAUACAGAUUUACGAUUGUUGACAUAGGUGCACCCAGUAUCUGUAGUGAUGAAGGGGUAUUUAAUAAUUCUAUAUUUGGAAAAUUAAUUGAACAAAACAAAGUUGAUUUUCCUGCAGAUGAGAAAUUGGCAGUGGUGAUUAAGGACCAAUCAUUUCAGAAGAUAUUUCAAUUUUUUGCUUUGGUUCAAUCGGCCUGCAUCGGACUUUCGGGGAUUCUUCUGAAAAUUUUGAAGACAUUAUCGAAGAAUGUACACUAA